AUGGCGGCAGCAACGGCGAUGCGGUUCGGUCAGCUCUCCUCCGGGAUCGACAUGGCACCGGACUGGACCAUGAAGGAAGUCAGCACCGGGACCACCAUUAUGGCCGUGGAGUAUGAUGGAGGUGUGGUGAUCGGUGCUGACUCCCGUACAACUACUGGGGCCUACAUAGCCAACCGAGUGACAGACAAGUUGACUCCUAUUCAUGACAGGAUCUUCUGCUGCCGAUACACAGCUGGGGUUCCACAGGUGUACACUGUUCCACUAGGAGGCAUGCUGGUCAGACAGCCUUUAUCAGUAGGGGGGUCCGGAUCCACCUAUAUCUAUGGUUACAUGGACUCCAACUACCAACCCAACAUGACCAAGGACCAGGGUCUUCUCCUGGUAUCUGGAGCCCUGUCCCUGGCUAUGGAGAGGGAUGGGUCCAGUGGAGGCGUGGUCCGGCUGGCAGCCAUCUCAGAGACUGGAGUGGACAGACGGGUCAUCCUGGGGAACCAGCUACCUAAAUGGUCUACUGCUUAA